GCUUAUUUUUGGUUGAAAAUAAUGGAAUUUCCGAAAAGUUCUUUGCAUUCAGAGUUACAUAGUGACGAGGAUAUUGUCACUGAAGUUCCUAGUAGUGCUUUGCCACCACCUGCUCCACCUGUAAAUCAAGUUAUAGAUAUUGAUGCUCCUUCACCUUCAGUGAGUCAGUUCGAAACUCCAGACCCAGCAAAACCCCCCGUUGACUCCUCAUUUUCAGAUAUAACUUAUAUAAAUCCAGCAUUUGACAGCAUGCACUUGACUCCUGAAGAGCAAAAGCGAGCUACUGAUAAGAACUACAUCUUCAAUUUUUCCUCCUUCCCAGCUUCAUUUUCAACACCAACAGAGGCACUUGACACUUACAAUACGUUAGGCUAUAAGCAUCAAAUCCAAUUCAAAAAAUAUGAAAUUCAAAAAUCCAAAAACCAGAUUUCAAUGUUCAGUCUUUGCUGAGCAAAGCGUGACAAGCCCAAGUACCAUCCUCGGUUCCAGUAUGCCCAGACCAGUGUGAAACUAUCAGAGUGUAAUGUAAACGUCAGGUUUUACUUUGAUAAAUUAAAAGGUUCCUUUAUCAGAAAAGAACCUUUCAAAAUUGUCCAUGAUCAUCCAAGAUCUCUUGAAGAGAAAGUUACUGUAUCAGAGGACAUCAUCAGAGAAGUAAGAGAUAUCUUAAUGUUUGAAAGAGGUAUCAAGCUUAGCGAUAUUCAAGAGAGAUUAAUGGCUAAAUUUGGCCUUGAAAUCGAAGGCCUCGAGAUCCUCAAUGUGAUCAAGCUAAUCAAAGGUGACAGAGAAGUUAAUGAACAAGCCUUAGUUCAAGACUGAUCUAAUAUCACAGAGGCAUUUGAUAGCUCUAAUGUUGUGCUUAACAAAGGAGUUCCCUAUGUACUCUUCGUUCAGACUAGACAAAUGCUUGAAGCUUAUGUCAAAUAUAACGAAUGAAUCAUGGUAAACGUAAGUAAAUACAGAAAGAAUAGAUACUCAUUCCAUAUCAUUCAUAUUACAGGCAUUGACAUUCAUGGGUACCCCAUCUGUUUCGGUAUUGGCUUUCUGGACAUCAAAUGAAUCAAUGCUUAUGAAUGGAUUUUUAAAAAGUUCAUAGAACGAGCUGAGAAAUAUGAGAUUGAGAUGCCAAAAAUCAUAGUUUUGAAUCUUGAUGAUGAGAUUUCUACAGUAUUACAAGGAAUAUUUCCGACUUCCAAGCAGAUUAUCUCCCAAUAUUAUAUUGUCAGCAAGGUUAAAGAGCUCUUAGGAAAGCAUAAAAGAAGGCCUGACAUUGAUUGAAUAGUUCUGAUUGAUAAAAUAGAAGAAAUCGUCAUGGAAACUGAAAAAGAAGUAUUUGAAAAUAAAAUGAGCGAUUUUUUAAAAAUGGUUAGCUUUGACUCUACUGUUGAAAGAAAUGUAGCCAAUAUCUUCUCUAAGGCUGAAAAAUGGUCACUUGUUAGUGUCAAUGGGACUUACACUGCAGGAUUGCAUUCGUUAGAAAGAGCUGAUGCUAUAGAAGGAUUCACAAGGUCUUUAAAAUAUGAGAACACAAUCCUAUCCAUCACUCAGCAUACAAGAGAUAAACUUGAAAAGAAAGAUUGUGUGCUUGCUUGCAACUCAAAGGAGGCUCAUGCAUAUAUGGAUCAUCCUGUAUACAAAGCAAUUGCGAAGAAUUUUUCCUUAUACGCGACAUCUAUAAUGAUGCAUCAAUUGAUAGAAUCUUACAAGUACAUAGCAUACACUGAAUCAGAUACUUCCUUCAAAGUAACAACCGACACUGGUAGAAAUUACAACAUCACCUUAAGAGUAGAAAGAAUCUUAACAGAGACAAAGGACCUCAUGAAGCAAGAAAUCAAAGAAGUGAAGCAAUGUUUCUUUUGUAACUGUCCAUUCUUCUCCACUACUGAAAUGAUCUGCUCUCAUAUCUUCUGAGUCAUGAACUUGAUCCAGAUCAAGAACAUCAACAACUUCGCUCAUUUAAAAAGAUGGAGGGAGUCCAAUGAGGAGAUUCUACCUGAUAGCGCUCAGAUGCAGAAUGACAAUAAAUUCCUUAACUUUAUUGAAGAAAUUGAAGAUACAAAGAAACGUAAGAGGAACAAGCACAAAGGUGGCAAAGUACCGAUGAGAAAACGCAAGAAAAAUGGCCUCUUUUAUGAUGAAAAGAAGGGCAUCGAUGGUAACCUCAUGGAAAGGCCAAAUGAUAUUCCUGAUGACGAAGAGAUGAAAUCAGAAGCUUCUGAUGCAGAUGUUAAUAUUGAUGUUGAAAAACUUCAAAAAUCAAUGGAAAUGGGCUUCGAUAGCGAAAUUCUUAAGUACUCUGAACAGAAAAUUGAAGGUAUCGAUUAUAACAAGCAUGAUGAUGACUCAAGUGAUGGAGACUCUAGUGAUGAAAGAGAACGCAGAAAUCGUAGGCGCAACGCAAGAGGUCAGAAAAAGAACCAUAUUAAAGGAAAAACUCUAAAAGAUAAGUUAGAAAGUAUCCAGCCUAAAGCUCAGCAACAAGUGAAGGAGAAGGUUAAGAAUGCUCCUCGUAGAAAGACCAGACGGGAUGCCAAACUUGAGGAAGAGGCUAAUGAAGACUCAACGAUGGAUGUGGAUGACAUGAGCAUUGAAAAUAGUGAACUGAUCAGCAAACCUAAAUAAUUAUAUCCUAAUUUGAGG